AUGGAUUGCCAAAAUUGUAAAAAACCGUUGUCUAAAAGAGGACCGCACUUCAAAUGUGGUGGAAUAUGUCAGGGAACAUUUCAUAAAGCUUGUGUGAAAGGUCUUGCAGCUGAAAUCAAGGCGGGAAUUGUUCGCACCCACUGCAACAAUUGCGACGACGCCGCCGACUUCGAGCAAGAAGACAAGAUGGAGGACACCGAGCAGUUUUCGAGUUCGAAUAAUAAUGUGCUAAAGGAUAUCAACAGGAAGAUAGGUAUGAUAAAAGAUGUGAAAAUACAGCUAAUAUCACUGACUCAAAGUAUUGACUUCCUGUCAGAAAAAUAUGAACUUCUUUUAACUGAACACACUAAGACUAAGUCUGAUGUUGUAAGGCUAGAUAAAAACAUAAUUCAGCUUACAAAUAAAUGUACAUACUUGGAAAAAUGUAACGGUGCGCUGGAGGAAAAAAUAAUGGACAUUGAGCAGAAAACCCGGCGUCAUAACCUACAAAUAGUCGGCGUGGAGUGCAUGCCGGACGAGAAGGUGUCUGAACUCGUUAAAAAACUAGGGGAUCUAAUUGGUGCCACCACUUAUCAUAUCUCCAGUGUGAAUAGGAUGCCGGAGCGCAGCAAGAAUAAGACGGCUUCAAUUCUGGUUCGGUUCAACAAUGACGAACUAGGUUAUGCAGCACGGGAGGACUGGAUGAGUCGGCGCCACGCCGUGUCGCUCGACAGCAGUGCAGUGACUGGCGGCAGCGCCACUCACAGGAUCUACGUCAACGAGGACCUCACCAGGGACAUCCGGAAUCUACUGUGGAAGGCGAAGACGGAGCUGAAGGGGAUCUACCAGUACGUGUGGGUGCGCCAUGGCCGUGUCCAGGCCAAAAAGGAUGCUGAGGGCAGACCAAUCUGGAUCCGGUCGGAGUCUGAUAUAAGUGAGCUUAAAGGCUAA